AUGAUUAUUUUUAUAAAAUUUAAAAAAUUAGAAUAAAUAUAAUAAGAUUUAAUAUUUCCGCGCCUUUAGGCGCGGGAGGGUUAAAAAUAUGAAAUUAUAUUGAUAAAAAUAUAACCAAAGUCAGUUUAAGGUAGUUGAUGGAGAAAGCCCACCAAGCCUAAGAUCUGUAAUCGAUUAUAAAAAUAAGAACGAUCACGUUGGUUCUGAAAAACAAUCAACAUCUUAUAGAUGCAGCAGUGGAGAAUAUUUGGCAAUAUUCGAAAGAAUGACCAAGUUCCUAAUACGAUGCUAUUUAAAAUAUUAUAUAAUUAUAAAUAUAUAAAUAUAAUAAAAAUAUAUAAAAUAUAUAUAAUUAAGGGCAAUGCUGCAUUGCAGCGAUGUCCCAAAUCUGC